AUGAGAGGGGCGAAGGCGGUUUUUCUCAUUUUGUUUUUCGGCCAUCUCUCCGCCUUACCCGAUACAAUUCGAAUUGGCGGCCUCUUCCACCCCGAGGAUGACAAACAAGAGGUUGCGUUCCGUUACGCAGUGGAGAGGGUUAACGCGGAUCGUGCAGUGUUGCCACGAGCGAAAUUACUCGCGCAAGUAGAAACUAUAUCGCCUCAGGAUAGCUUCCACGCUUCUAAAAGAGUAUGUCAUCUACUUCGGAGUGGAGUGGCAGCUAUAUUUGGGCCGCAAUCGGCACCUGCAGCCGCCCAUGUUCAGUCCAUAUGUGACACAAUGGAACUGCCCCACUUGGAGACCAGAUGGGAUUAUCGUACGAGGCGGGAGUCCUGUCUAGUUAACUUAUAUCCUCACCCAGCGGCGCUUAGCCGGGCAUACGUAGAUCUAGUUCGAGCUUGGGGAUGGAAGUCCUUCACAAUAGUUUACGAGAAUAGCGACGGUCUGGUCCGACUUCAAGAGUUACUGAAAGCCCAUGGGCCGUCUGAAUUGCCUGUUGCGGUCAGACAACUGCCCGAUUCUCACGACUACAGGCCACUACUCAAGCAAAUAAAGAAUUCCGCUGAGUCACACAUAGUGCUAGAUUGUGCUACGGAGAGGAUAAGGGAUGUAUUACAACAGGCACAGCAGAUUGGAAUGAUGUCCGACUACCACAGUUACCUCAUAACAUCUUUAGAUCUUCAUAGUGUAGAUCUAGAGGAAUUCAAAUAUGGCGGCACUAAUAUUACUGCACUGAGAUUGCUUGAUCCAGAGAGAGCUGAAGUACAAAGAGUAGUCAGGGACUGGGUUUAUGAUGAAGCGAGAAAGGGAAGAAAAUUACAACUGGGACACACCUCAGCUAAGGAAAACAUGACUUUUAUUAAGACUGAGACGGCACUGAUGUACGACGCUGUACAUUUAUUCGCGAAAGCCCUUCACGACCUUGACACGUCCCAGCAAAUCGACGUCCGCCCGCUGUCGUGUGAGGCGGAAGAUACAUGGCCCCAUGGAUACAGUCUUAUAAACUAUAUGAAGAUAGUGGAAAUGAAAGGUUUAACGGGAGUUAUAAAGUUCGACCAUCAAGGCUUUCGUAGCGACUUUACCCUUGACAUAAUAGAGCUGACACGGGACGGUCUACAAAAGGCUGGAAUAUGGAACUCAUCCGAAGGUGUAAACUAUACGCGGUCUUACGGCGAUAACCAAAAGCAAAUAGUGGAAAUUUUACAGAACAAAACGCUUAUUGUUACAACGAUUCUGAGUUCACCAUAUUGCAUGAGAAAGGAGGCGAGCGAAAAAUUAACUGGCAACGCACAAUUUGAAGGAUAUGCUAUCGAUUUAAUUCACGAGAUAUCAAAAGUUCUCGGCUUCAAUUACACAUUCAAGCUUGCCCCUGACGGUCGGUACGGGUCAUAUAACCGGGAGAGCAAGGAAUGGGACGGGAUGAUACGGGAAUUGUUGGAACAAAGGGCCGAUUUAGCGAUAGCCGACCUCACUAUUACAUACGACAGAGAACAAGUUGUGGACUUCACGAUGCCAUUUAUGAAUCUCGGAAUAUCAGUACUCUACCGCAAGCCCAUAAAACAACCACCAAAUCUAUUUUCCUUCCUCUCACCAUUAUCACUUGAUGUCUGGAUAUAUAUGGCUACCGCCUAUCUAGGAGUGUCUGUUCUACUAUUUAUACUUGCAAGGUUUACCCCGUACGAAUGGCACCAAUCACGCACUGCAGACGGCGAAAAAAUGGAGAACAUUUUUUCACUAGCAAAUUGUUUAUGGUUUGCCAUCGGAUCACUCAUGCAACAGAGCUGUGACUUUUUGCCCAAGUUCAGCCCGUACGAGUGGGACAAUCCCAGGAACUGUGUUGACGAGCCGCCGGUGUUGGAGAAUCAGUUCACACUGUUGAACUCGCUAUGGUUCACCAUUGGAUCAUUGAUGCAGCAAGGUUCGGAUAUCGCACCGAAAGCUGUCUCGACCAGGAUGGUAGCAGGGAUGUGGUGGUUCUUUACAUUGAUUAUGAUCUCUUCAUACACCGCAAAUCUGGCUGCUUUUCUUACGGUAGAGAGAAUGGACUCCCCAAUCGAAAGUGCUGAAGACUUGGCAAAGCAGACCAAGAUCAAGUAUGGAGCUUUGAAAGGUGGUUCCACUGCAGCUUUUUUCAGAGACUCAAACUUCUCAACGUACCAAAGAAUGUGGUCUUUCAUGGAGUCAGCUAGACCGUCAGUUUUCACAACCAGUAAUAGAGAAGGGGAGGAAAGAGUUAUGAGGGGUAAGGGAGCGUAUGCAUACCUCAUGGAAUCGACGACAAUUGAAUACGUUGUGGAGAGGAAUUGCGACUUGACGCAAGUUGGUGGGAUGUUGGACUCUAAAGGAUAUGGAAUAGCUAUGCCGCCAAAUUCACCAUACCGUACCGCUAUAAGUGGCGCUGUUUUAAAACUGCAAGAAGAAGGGAAACUGCACAUAUUGAAGACAAAGUGGUGGAAAGAGAAGCGUGGAGGCGGUUCAUGUCGAGAUGAGACAUCUAAAUCUUCGUCAACGGCGAAUGAGCUGGGUUUGGCAAAUGUGGGAGGAGUAUUCGUGGUGCUCAUGGGCGGUAUGGGUGUGGCCUGUGUUAUAGCCGUUUGUGAGUUCGUCUGGAAGUCCCGAAAAGUGGCAGUUGAUGAAAGAGCAUCGCUUUGUUCGGAGAUGGCAUCUGAGUUGCGAUCCGCUCUGAAGUGUCCCAGUGGCGGAAGUGGAGGGGGCAGUGGACCUCGCGAGGGGGCAGAUUCCCCCUACUUACACUACGGAUUCAGUACCAAGAGCCAACUGCACUAG